AUGCGUGAUAAAAUUAAUUAUUCAAAUUUAUCAGUAAAUUAUGAAAAUGUGCUUAAAGAAUGCGAAAUUUUAACAAAAGAAACUUUAUUUUCUCAAACAAAAGCUGCAAAAUUUCAACUUAAAAUUGAAAGUUUGGAGUAUAUAUUACAACGAGAAAUUCAACAAAAAGAAAAACUAGAACAAACAUUAAUAGAAUUAAAAAAUAAUAGUGAAAAGAUCAUUACUAAUAUUAAUAUAAAUAUGGCUAAAAUUGAAAAAGAGCAAAAAUAUCUAUUAGAAAGUACCAAAGCUAUAAUCCAAUUAAAUAAACGUUUGCAAACUUUUGGUCUAUGUUUUCAUGCAAUUAAUCAAAAAAACAAAAUCGAUAUAAAAAAUUUACAACAUAAACUAAUUACUUUUUCUGUUAACAAAUUUAUGCAAUCAUCUAAUACUAACACAAUAUAUCCGAAAAUAGAAAAUCUGCAUUCUAAAAUAUGA